GCCUUCCUCGGCUUGCCUGCCAGGCUGUGCCCGGGGCGGGCUUUCUCCCCAGCGAGCAGAGCAGGGCUGCUGCGCACCAGCUCCCUCCCCCGCGGCUGAUUUGCAAGCUGCUGCUGCGGCUGCUUGGAGAACUCCUCGGGUGGACAAAAGCCGGCCUCUGCUGCGCGGCAUCUUCUCGUCUAAAGACCCACCGACCCCGGAGCGAGUCGGGGUCACCGCCCAGGCUGCUGCAGACAGAGCAGGGAGAGAGGGGCGUCGCCGUCGCCGUGGGAAGGCGGCGCAGGAGAGGCGAGGGCGAGGGCGCUCGCUCGCCGCUGCUGCGCCUCCUCUGGCGGUUACUUGCCAGGCAAAGGCUGGGCGGCGGCGGCGGCGGCGGCUGCUGCGGGCGGCCCCUCCUCCUUCCCACCGUCCACUUCUGUCUGUGGCGCGCAAUUGCCCAGCGGUGGUGGCCGCAGCAGAGGCAGGGCGGGGGGAGGGGGGGGGGCUUUCCUUGGGUUGCUGCUGCCGCCGCUGCCGCCGCCGCCGCCCCACCAGAGGACCCGGCUGCGCGGGCGGCGCCGAGGGCUCCUCUCGGGCAGGGAGGGAAGGGCCUCCCUCGCCGCCCCUCUGCCUGCCGGGCUCCUGCUUCCUGGGGUGGGGCCUCCUCCUCCUCCUGCUCCGCCUCCCUCCUGCCUGGGGCUGGGUGUGUGUGUGCAGCGGGGCUGAGCUGCUGCCGGGAACAAGAUGCCGGCCAGACGAGCGGAGAAGAAGACGCUUCUGGCGGCCCUGAUCCUCGCCGCCUGGGCCCCGGCAGCGGCAGCAGGGUUAAGCAGGCACGGGCCUCCAAUCGCAGUUCCUCCCGAUCUGCCCAGCUUGCCCUUCUCGUUUACUCCAGCCUCGCCGUAAGGAAAAACACAGUUCCAUCAUCCCACAGGGCGAGAUCCUGCUCCCCCCGAAGUGCUUCUCAAAUAUGGGCGACUCCAGGGCCAAGAGAGCAACAUCGGUGGUGUGGAGAGAAAUGUCAGCAUCUUCCUUGGAGUUCCCUUUGCAAAGCCGCCAGUGGGACCUUUGCGCUUUUCCCCGCCUCAGCCAGUCGAACCCUGGAGCAACGUCCGAGAUGCAACCUCCUACCCACCCAUGUGCCUGCAGGAUCCCGUGAUGGGUCAGCAACUAUCGGACGAUUUUAGUUGCAGAAAGGAAAAGCUGUCUCUUCAAAUCUCUGAGGACUGCCUCUACCUGAAUAUCUACAUACCUGGAAUGGCAGAGAGGAACAGAAAGUUACCUGUGAUGGUGUGGCUCCAUGGAGGCGGACUGGCCGUUGGAGCAGCCUCCACCUAUGACGGCUCCGCCCUGGCCGCCUUCGAGGAGGUGGUGGUUGUGGUCCUUCAGUACAGGCUUGGCAUCCCAGGCUUUCUUAGCACCGGUGAUGAAUCUGCUCCUGGAAACUGGGGCUUUUUGGACCAAGUGGCAGCUCUCCAGUGGGUCCAAGAGAACAUUGCACACUUUGGAGGAGAUCCCGGAUCUGUCACUAUAUUUGGAGAGUCUGCAGGAGGACAAAGUGUUUCCUUUCUUAUCAUGUCUCCGCUGGCCAAAGGCUUGUUCCACAAGGCCAUCUCACAAAGUGGAGUGCAGCCCAUAGACUCCCUUGCCACCCAACCUGUGAUCCCAGCAAAGGAAACGGCGGCCCUUGCUGGAUGUGACCCUUCUGCCACCACUACUGAGACGCUUCAUUGUCUCCGAGAAAAGACAGAAGAACAGAUUCUAGAAACUACCCUGAAGCUGGGUUUCUUGACAUUGGAUAUAAAUGGCAAAGAGACCGCUAUAUUUAUGCCUGUAGGAGCAGAUGGUGUGUUUCUUCCCAAGAACCUCCAGCAACUUCUGACUGCAAAGGAGAUCAAUGGGGUCCCAUAUAUGAUUGGAGUCAAUAACCAAGAGUUUGGCUGGCUGUUGCCUACUAUGUUGCAGUUUCCCGAUUUCGCAAAGGGGCUGAGCAGAGAAACCAUCACUUAUAUCCUACAGCAUUUGGAACCCUUAACAAAUGUCCCUCCUGAGUAUGUUGACAUCUUAGUAGAUGAAUAUCUGAGAGAGGCAGAGAAACCUUCCCAACUCCGAGACCGUUUUCUCGACUUGCUAGGGGAUGUGACAUGCGUGGUCCCCUCCGUCCAGAUGGCCAGAUACUACAGAGAUGCUGGCCAUCCAGUCUACUUCUAUGAAUUCCAGCACCGGCCAAGUUCACAUGCAGGCCUAAAACCAGACUAUGUUCAAUCAGAUCAUGGUGAUGAAAUUGGAUUCAUCUUUGGGAAGCCCUUCUUAGCAGGCAAUGCUACAGAAGAAGAGAAACAUCUCAGCAGAAAGGUCAUGCGCUACUGGGCAAACUUUGCACGUACUGGAGAUCCUAAUGGCGAUGGCCUGGUAACGUGGCCAGCAUAUGACCUGAACGAGCAAUACCUGGAAAUGGGCUUGAAGCAGAAGCCAGCCCAGAAACUGAGAGACACACACGUGAUGUUCUGGACCGAGAUCCUGCCCCAAAAGACGGCUGGACGCAAGAAAGAACACAGCGAGCUGUGACAUGAAGCCUGGAUGGGCCUGCUGGAGCGUGUGGAGCAUCAGGGGAAAGCAGCAGGAGGAGCAGAGAACAGUAACCACCACAGAGUUGUGUGACUAGUGCUCUUGUGCGCCUCUUGCUCAUUUGCAGGAGAAAUGCCCUGUGGAUUAGGCCCCGUGGCUCAGACCUGUCUGUUCCUACAGCACCUGCCACCGCCACUCUGCUUUACCCCCCACCCCACCCCGGAGGCAAACAGAAAUAGUGGUGGCGGGGAGAUGUUGGUUGCCCUGCCCCUUGCGUUUGACAUCACACUGGGGGGCGUGGCUUAGGGUGCUGGGGGUGCACGUGCUUUGCGUGUGAUGGGGAGGUCCCCAAAGAGGAUUUUGUCCCCUGGCCCCCAGGGUGUCGCUAAGCCCAUGUGCCCAAGGUAUCCCUCCUCUGCAUGGCAAUGCUGCCUGUGGUGUCAAGGAAAUCCUGGCUCCAGGUGACAAGCAGGGAAGAGCCUUGCAAAAGGCAGCUUUUGGUCACAGUGAAGCAGUCCAGAGAGCUGCCUUGCCACGAGCAAAGGGCGGCGAGAGGCGAAACUGCCCCUCAAGAGCCACAUGACAUCAUCUCUCCACCAGCUGUGCUUUGUUUAAAAAUGGCAAGGUCUUCUAGUAUGUGCAAAUAGGAGGAGAGAGAUGGCUUCCUUCCAGAGGAGAAUUGUUUGUGGUUCUCAGACCAGCCCAACUCGUGUGCAUUCCCGCCAUAUUUCCAAGCACAUCCUGAUUAUGUCUGCAACAGCAACAAGUUGAGUAAAGCUGUAUUGUGGAAAAUAAGGGAUGUGUGGUCGUUAUUAGUGGGUUUACAUUUUAUCCUGCCUUUCCAAGUGACGUCUAUGUAAUUGAACUAUAUGCUACUGAAUAAAUGAGGGACAAAUGCUGUCCCUAUAAGGACCAACAUUUCAUCUCUGAAAUGAGGGACCUACUCAGGGUGUGACGUACAUACCCACCCCCAUUAUCCUCACUCACAACAGCCCUGCAAAGUAGGUUAGGCUGAGAGUUGAGACUGAGUUUCAUGGGUAUUUGAACUCUGGUCUCCUUAGCCCAGGCGUGCUCACCUUAAGGCCCCCAGCUGUUUUCUGACUACAACUCCCAUAUUACAACCAGUGUUCCCUCUAACAGGGAUUCCCAGAUGUUGUUGACUAAAACUCCCAGGAUCCCCAGCCAAAGGCCACUGCAGCUGAGGAUCCUGGGAGUUGGAGUGAACCACAUCUGGGAAUCCCUGUGAUGUGUUUAGAAAACCAAAGAAACUCCAUGUUUGCCCAGAAUACCUCAUUCUAACUUGAGUAACCCCAGCCCACCUCAGGGACAUCACUGCCUCAUGACUGGAGUCAUUAUCUCUCUCCAGCUAAAAUGUAUCUAUGAAACAUGCUGAGACAGCCAAGCUUCCCAUUGUAAGAAAACAGGAUUUAACCAAAUAAGGAGUAAUCACCCGAUGAACAAUGAAUCAUUCACAUGCGUACUAGACACUUGAGCCAUGUGUACUGUGUAAGGUGUCAGCAUCAUUAGAUUGUCUGUAUAACUGUAAGAUGCACCUAUAACCAAACUCUGGUUUGAGAGUGUUAGCCUAUUGAUUACCUAUUGCUGACUGCAGUAGCAAUAAACCUCAAUUAAUAAUUCCCAA